CUUGGUUUCCGGAUCCUUAUUAGAUACUGAGAGGUGAGAAAAUAUUAGGCGAGAAGAAUGAUUCAUGUAGUCUGCUGCUUGUACAGCCCUUGUCUUGUGCGGUGUUGAGAAUAAUGAUGAGCAGGAGUUGACGAGUCUUUUGUCACGGAAACCAUUUGAACUUGGCUAUGAAGCGCUACUGGCUUCUGUAUGGAUGUCUUCUUCUUGUAGUGCUUUUCUCCUUCAUCUGGUACUCAAUGGUCACUCUACAGCAGGCUUCACAUCAUAUUGAAGGACAAUCUCUCGGUGAGAGAAUAUUGAACAAAAUGUCGCCUAUCCAUCCUACAGUCCAAUUCACUGAGCCACUUGUGUCACAUGACGACAAAUCACUACUAAUAGACGAAACCCUGGUGAAGGUGAAACUAAAGGGUAUCCGAGUGUUUUGCUUCAUCACGAGUCAGGAAAAGAGUUUGGCCACUAAAGUCGUGGCUGUCAAUGAGACUUGGAGUAGAAGAUGUGAUGGCAAGGUGUUUGUGGCAACCACUAAGAGAGUUUACCCAGGUGUGAUUGACUUUAAAGUCCCUGAUGGCCGGGCCCACUUGACGGAGAAGACGAUAGCGGCGCUGAGAUACCUGUACACGAACCACCUCAGUGGCUACGACUGGUUCCUCAAGGCUGACGACGAUGUCUACAUUAUCAUGGAGAACCUCAAGUAUCUGUUGUCGCACUACAACCACCGGGAGCCAGUCUAUCUGGGACACCUCUUCAAGAAGUACAGCAAGUGGGGGUACAUGUCGGGUGGCGCCAGUUACCUCCUCAGUCGGGAAGCCCUCAGGAUGGUUGUCGAGAAAGGUUACAAUGUUCAGGGCAAGUGUGCGAAGACCGGAACGGACGAAGACGUGGAACUAGGUCAUUGUCUUCACGCGGUGGGGAUCACAGUGCAUGACACGCGUGACCAGUUCAACCGCGAAACCUUCCACCCGUUUAGUGCGAGUAACCACAUCAUUGGACCCAUCCCUAAUGGACUGCCGGACUGGGAUAGACAUCCAACCAGAGUGGGACAUGAGUGCUGCAGUCAGCUGACCAUCUCGUUCCACUACACCGACCCCAGCCUGAUGCGCAUCAUGGAGUUUCUGCUCUAUCGAACAAGCGUUUACGGGCGAUUGCCCAAUUUUAAUGCAAUGAAGAACUUCUUUAAGAUUGGCACUGUACCACCCUUAAAUGUAUGAUAAUGCUUUUUAUCCUAUAACUUACCCAUGAUAUCCAUGUCAUAAACCCAUGUGAUAAUUUUAGUGUAUUAACCCGGUUAAUAAUGGUAUGCAAAUUUGUAUUGUCUCAAGGUAGUGUGUUGCUGUAGAUGGGUCAUUUGCUUACAAUCCAACGAGACCAGUGUACCUGAGCGUAACGUUUUCAAAGCUUUAAUUAAAAUGUGUGACAUCAAACUAAUUUGUGCUAAUCGUGAUGAUGCCAUAUUACCG